AUGAAAGCCGAAGUACGGGGAUUACUAGGCGUGUUGUCCAAGUACCCGGAAAACACAAUAGGGAUCUUUGUGGUUCCUUCUAAAACUGAAAAUUACACCCGGAGAGCAGUUGAGGAGGCAGAAAGGUCUAAAUUUAAAAUAUUAUUAACAGACAAAUAUGACAUCUGCCAUGCAAUCAAAAUUCAUUCAGAAGAUUAUGUAGAAGAAACUAGUUAUAUUCGAUUUGGCAUGGCCGAUCCUGAGGAUGACAAUGAAUUUGAUAAUUAUUCUUUAACGAAUGAUGAAUAUAUUUCAACUGAGCAAGAAUCAAAUUCAUUUGUUUCUACCAAAACAAAAGAAACAACAUGUAAAAUUGUUGAUAAUAAUGGAAAAGUCUGUUUAAAAACUUAUGCACACGGUUCAACUACUUCAAAUAUGAUCUAUCAUUUGACUAGAAAACAUGGAAUUGUAGAUUCUAGCAGUAAUACGGCAAGUACCAAAAACAAUCAAAUGGACAUCCAAACAAGUUUUCAAGCACUCCGAAAAAAGAAAAAAAAAAGUAUUGAAUACGAACAAAUUCAGCAAAAUCUUGCUGAAUUUAUUAUCGAAGAUAAUCAACCGUUUUAUAUAUUACAAAGUCCAGGUUUUCGAAAGUUAUUACAAUCAUUGGAUGCCAAUUUCGAAAUUCCAUGUGAUAAAAUGAUAAAACUCUUGAUUACAAAAGGAUAUAAUUGGAGCUGUGAUCAACUCAAAAGUUUACUUCAAGCAGAUUCUAUUUCCGUAAGUCUUACGACUGAUUUUUGGACAUCUCGAAGUGGACACGGUUACAUUGGAAUUACUUGCACAUGGAUUAGCAACAAUAUGAUGAUGUGUGAAGCAUUGCUUGAUUUAAAACAAGUACCAUACCCGCAUACUGGAGAAAAGAUAGCUUUAUUAUUGCAAGAAUCGAUCAAAGAAUGGAAUUUGGAAAAAAAAACAAUAGCAAUUACUACAGAUAACGCAUCAUCUAUGGUCAAAGCACUUCGGUUAAUACCUGGUAUUAAGAGAAUUCCAUGCACAGCACAUACUUUACAAUUAACAGUUGGUAAAGGAUUAGCUUCAGUUCAACUUCUUAUAUUGCGAGCCAAGCGUCUUUUGGAUUUUUUUAAUCAUUCUCCAAAACAAAUGGAAAAGUUACAUCAAGCGCAAAAAGAUCUUAAUUUUGAAAAAAUUAAUUCUACCAUUUGUGAUGUAUCUACCCGAUGGAAUUCGACUUUUUUGGCUUGGGAUCAUCUAAUUGAUUUGAAAUGCGCUAUUUCAUAUUUGCCAGGACGUAUGCAAUCUGAUUUGGAUAAUCAAGUACGAUUAGAUGGAAAAUGUCUUGCAAAGAUUAUGCUAACAAUGGACGAAUGGAAAUUAAUAGAAGCUCUUCUUGAAGUACUUGAAGAUUUUCAAGAGUUAACAACAACAUUGAGCGGUGCUAAAUAUCCAACUCUUAAUUUAGUUUACCCACAUGUUAAAGCCAUUUUUGAAGAAUUGGAAGUUUUGGAUGUCUUGGAUGAUUUGAACAUUGAUUUGACCGUCAACGAAAUUUCUAUUCCAGUUUUGAACAACAAUACAAAUACGAUUUUUAACGAAUUACCUAAUUUGAAUUGCAAGAAACCAAUAAUAUUGAAAUUAAUGACUAUCAAGAAACACCAAUUGUCUCUCAAACAAUAUUGGCAAUUUGACAAUGAGUUGUCUUUUGUAAGUUGUUUGUUAGAUCCUCGUGUUAAAAAUCUAGGAUUUUUAACCUCUGCACAACAAAUCGAAACAUGGAAUUUAGUUCGAAGUAUUUAUAAUGAUGAAUCACAAAUCAUUCCAACUUUCAACUCUCUCAUAACGAAUAAUCAAUCAAGCGAAAGUACUCAAGAAUUUGACGAAAACAGCAAUCGACGCCGCCGAAAAGGAAAACUUAGUGACAAAGUGUAUAAGAUAACCCCCAGUAAUAUUUCAUUUAUAAAUGAUGAAAUUACUCAAUAUGAUGAUAUGCGUCAAGUAACGCGUGAGGUGAAUCCAUUAGAUUGGUGGAGAAUACGAAAAAAUGAUUAUCCUAUUCUUUAUCGGCUAGCCAGAAAGUAUCUUGGAAUUUCUGGUACUUCAGUUCCUAGUGAGAGGUUGUUUUCAGAUGUAGGAAAUCAAAUAUUAGCCAAACGAACCUCUUUGGAUCCACAGCUUGUUCGGGAAAUAAUAUUUCUUAAAUGA